AAAAAUACAAUGUCCGAAACAAAUAUCACAAUAUUCUGUCUUGUUCUUGGAGAAAAACCCAUUAAUAGUUGCGUUUUCGAAGUUAAUAUCAAUAAAUACGAUAGUAUUUCACGCCUCAAAAACGUUAUAAGGGAUGAAAAAAAAAAUGAUUUUUUUAAUAUUGACGCUAACAAACUGAGAUUAUGGAAAGUUGAUAUACCUAUUAUUGAAGACGAUAAGCUGAAAAUACUUAAUAAGCCUCAUACAGAGAUUAAUAUUGAACAAGAACUUGGAGGUGAAGAGCUUUCAUCGGUUAAGAAAAUUCAUCAUUACUUCCACAAACCCAAAGAUGAGCACAUUCAUAUCAUCAUAACAUUGCCCACCAAUAACAUUGGUAAAUGGUACGUCUUCUUUGAACCAGCGAAUCAACAAAAAAUUGAUGAUUCUAUGAUCAAAAAAGAAUACGAAAAGGUUGAAAAAAUCGCAAAAGAUAUUGGUUUGGACGACUGGCUGUUGCUUAUUAUGUCAAACUGUUCAAAUAAUACAUUUAAAACCAACUUACCAUCAAAAUGUACGAUUAACGAUGAAAUUCAAUUCUAUGAUCCAUCUCGGGACCAAAUUGUUGACUCUCAAGAUAAGUCCUGCAUUAAUUCUAGGGUUAUUGAUGACAUUGAGCAAGAAACUGUAUCCGAUACUAUUGAAUUUGAUGAAUAUAAUAAAAGAAAAUUUGAUGAUGAUGAGGAUCUAUUAAUACGCACAAAGUUUCCAAGGUUGUCCUUAGAUUGUGCAGAGGACGAACCCUUAAAACCCUUAAAACAAAGCGUAAAGAUUUUAAUGUAUUAGAGGUUUUAUACGAAAAUUAAAAUAGAAUUGCUAAAUUACCUAUAUAUAUAUAAUUUUUGGUUUUUUUUAUAAUUAAAGAUUUGAACUUAAUAGUGUACAAAAAAUUAAUUAUUACAUUAAACAUCAAUCAGUUCUUUCUAGAUGGAACGCCGCGCCUUUGGAUUAAAUUAAAUUCUAUUAAAAUUUUGGUUAAAAUUGCCCUUAUAUAAACUGCUUAUUUUCUUUUCCAUCAAAUACUUUUUUUAAACCUUAUUUAUAUUUUCUUAAUAAAAUCUCUCGAUAAGAACACUAAAUAUAAAUUUAAUACUUAAUUUUCAAAAAUAAUAUUUUUCAUUUGUUUAUUUUAUUUAAAUUAUUCUAUUCUACAUAUAAAAAAAUUAUCAUCAAUAUAUAUCUAUGUAAAUAAAAAUCUCGGA